AGAUGGACUCUGAGGAGAUGGAGGUGGAGAGCAGCAGUGAUGUGGGACAUUCCAGAAUGGAGGAACCCUCUGAGAGUGGAAUGGGAAUGGAGUCCUCAGAAGCCAUGUCAGCAGACAGCAGCGAUGCAGCUGCCACACCUGCCAUGGCACCAGAGUCUGACUGCCAUGUAGGACAGAGUUCUGAGGGGCUGGUGGUGUUCAUCCCAGAGACAAGUUCUAGCACUGAUGUCCGUGGACUCCACCUUCCAGACUCCUCCUCUGUGGCACAGUCCACCAGUGUGUCCAGUGUUUCAACCGUAACGCAGUCCAUCUUGGUGUCGGAGUCAGCUCAGGUUUUAGUGCACUCCAGUGCCGUGGCGGAUGGAGGGAUGAUGGUAUCAGACUCCACUGCCUCCACCUCUUCAGACCUGGGUUCUGCCAUUGACAAGAUCAUUGAGUCCACUAUUGGCCCUGAUAUUAUGAAUGGGUGUAUAGCAGUAACCAGUGCAGAGGAUGACAGUGCUGAGACAACACAGUAUCUGAUUCUUCAAGGCCCAGAUGAUGGUGCUCCCAUGGUGGCUCAGAUGUCAUCCUCGGCACUGUCUAGUCGCAUUGCCCUAGAAACUCUGGCGGAUGGCCCAACAUCCACCUGCUUGGACCAGGGUGACAUGGGGGAGGGAAUGCGCAGCGGCCUGGAGCCUGACCAACCUGAUCAGCCAGCCCACUCUGGCUAUCCAGAGCAUGAAGAUGGUAGUAGCAGCAGCAGUAGCAGCAGCAGCCUUCCCGACCAGCCUCACCACUCCCAGUACAACAGGGAUGACCCAGACCAGACCGUAUCUGAGCCAGAUCAGACCCGACAGUCUCGAUUCCCCGACUACAGCGUGGAUGGUUCUGAGGAGCCCAUUUGUGGCUACCCCGCUGAAUGCAGUGAUACGGCCUCCACUCCCCUACGGCACCACCCUCGCUACGUGGUGGAGUGCAGCGCCGGUUACCUGGAGUGCAGCGCAGCGGACGACAGUCCUGAACAGCCCCGGCACUCCCGCUACAUCGACAGCAGCGUAGACGCUGUGGAACCCGCCCAACGUUACGUGGAGUGCGUCACCGCCUCCGAGCAGGACAUUGCUGUCGGAGACAGGCCGGACGAAGAGGCGGAGCAACCACGACACUCUACAUCUACGUGCUUCGUGGAACGCGGUCCUGCCCGAGCGUCUUUGUUCGCUGACGAGGAAGGAGGGGUUGGACACUCGGUGACGGACACAGUGGCCUCACAGCUCCAAGAUCAAAUGGAGUGCAGUGACAGCCAGGCUGGCCCUUACAUUAGCAGCAGUGGCACCUACUCUACUCAACCUGAACCCGAGGUGGUCCCACACUGGUCCCCAGCUCCACAGCCUGGGGGGUCUGUGGAGCCACAUGACGAUGGUGAUGGUGCUGCUGUAGUGCAGUCAGGGGUGGAGGGAGCUUCAGAAGACAGACCCCCAGACCUAGAAGAGCUAGAGCAGAUGAUGGAAGUGGUGAUUGUUCAACAGUUCAAGUGCAAGAUGUGUCCCUAUAAAAGUGUUUCCAAAGACACCCUCAUCAACCACAUGAGAGAUAAGCAUUUCAAGCCUGCAGGUGGUUCUCCGCCUAAAAAGCGAAGGAGAGGAAGACCCCGACGCUGUGACAUGGUGGCGCGAAGAGUGGAAGAGGUAAAAGUGGAGGAACCGCAGGAGGAAGAGGAAGAUGACAUAGUGGAUGCUGGUGCUAUUGAUGAUCCCAAAGAUGACAGUGACUAUAACCCAGCAGAUGAGGACUGCAGGGGCAGGCAACCUGCUUAUCAACAUGUAACUCCACCCUCCUGCUCCUCCUCCUCUAAUGACAGGCCACGCAGAAGAGUGGGCCGGCCGCGCAAAUUCAGCUACUCCUACAGCAACAACAACAGUAAAGAGGCAGAGGGAGUGUCUCAGACGAAUGGAGCAGUGGAUCCCCAGGCACCUGAGGAAGCAAGCUCCUCAGGGCUUGGCAAUGGAAAUGCCUCUUUGUCCAAUGGUAACACAGUCGAACCUGGCGUCAGCCAAUCGGAUUCUGAGAACAAAGAUCCCUCAUCAAACACAGGACCGGAGGAUGCGGAGUUCUUCCCGAGGAAACGUGGAAGACCCUCCAGACGUUUUCUUCGCAAAAAGUAUAAGAAGUACAUGAACCGAAACAAGUAUUACAAAUCUCUCAAGCCUCUACUGAGGCCUCAUAACUGCUGGAUCUGUGGCUCACGCUUCCUCUCACAAGAUGACCUUCGUUUUCACGUCGAUUCCCAUGAAGGCAACGAUCCAGAGCGCUUUAAGUGCCUUCAGUGCAGCUACCGCUGUAAACGUUGGUCCUCGCUGAAGGAGCAUAUGUUCAAUCAUGAAGGCACAAAACCAUACAAGUGUGAGGAGUGCGACUACAGCAGUGUCUAUAGGAAGGACGUGAUAAGGCAUUCUGCAGUCCACAACAAAGACAAGAAAAGGAAAACAGCACUGGUUCCCAAGGUGUCUGAAUUCCCCUGUCCCAUAUGCCAGAGAGUGUAUCCUAUGCAGAAAAGGCUGACUCAGCACAUGAAAACACACAGCACAGAGAAGCCACAUAUGUGUGAUAAGUGUGGGAAGUCCUUCAAAAAGCGCUACACGUUCAAGAUGCAUCUUCUCACACACAUCCAGAAUUGUGGAAAUAGCACGUUCAAAUGUGAGUUCUGUGAAUAUCAGUGCAACAAUAAGAAGAUUCUGCUAAACCACCAACUGUCCCACACUAAUGACAAGCCAUUCAAAUGUGACUACUGCAAAUACUCCACCUCCAAAGAGGACUUCCUAGUGUCUCAUAUUGCCAUUAAACACACUGGAGAGAAGCCAUUCUCUUGUGACAUGUGCCACUUCAUGACCAAGCACAGGAAGAACCUGCGGCUGCAUGUCCAGUGCCGCCACCCCGAGGCCUUUGAGGAGUGGAGUCAAGCCCACCCUGAGGAGCCCACCCGUCGCCGUCGACGCCCCUUCUUUACUCUACAGCAGAUAGAGGAGCUCAAACAGCAACAUGACACACAGGGCCUGCAGAACUCCAUUGUUUCUGUGGAUCCCGUGACACUUCAGACGAUGGAGAAUGCUGCUGUCUCACAAGACGCAUUAGGAAACACCACCAUCAUCUAUGAACAAGCUGAGUCUUCAGAGCUGUCUGCUCAGAAUGCACUGGACCUUUUGCUGAACAUGAGCAAUGCCCGCGAGCUUGUAGGAAACUCAUUACAGGUGGCAGUGCUGAAAUCAGACGGUAAGACUCUGGAAGCGGGCUCUUGGGCUGGAACCAGUUCAGCAGGUCAAGGGUCAUCCCUGCAGCCUCAGAAGGUUGUGACCUUCCACGUGGCAGAGAACGGGGAGACUCUGGUGCAGGAGGCCUUUGAGACAGCGGUGGCCGGCACAGACGGAGGCUCAGAGAUCACGCAGAUCGCUAUCGCCGGGUACGAAAGCGCCGGCGACUUUAACGUGGUGGAGCAGACAGCUGAGGAGAUCAACAGCAGCGGCACUGCUUACAGCUCAGAGGAGAGUCCCGGAGACCCGGCAGGCUCAGGCCUGGCAGAAGGCGUGCUACAACAGGUAGAGCUGAGCAAUGAGACUCCAGGUUCCCCCUCGGCCAGCUCCUUCCCCCAGCAACAGCUCAACCCAAAGAGGUUCUCUUGUCGCAUCUGUAUGGAGUCCUUCCAUGGCCGCUCUGACAUGGAGAACCACAAGAGGGCGCAUUUGGACCCCAACACCUUCAAGUGUCCGGACUGCGAAUUCACAGCUCCAUCCUGGCCUGAAGUCAAGGCUCACAUGGGCAUGCAUGCAUAUCUGCGACCUCACAAGUGCAGCACCUGCAGUUUUGCCACCAAGAACAAGAAGGACUUGCGACGCCAUAUGAUGACUCACACCAAUGAGAAGCCUUUUGCGUGUGAGCUCUGUGGACAGAGGUUUAACCGUAAUGGCCACCUCAAGUUUCACAUGGAGCGUUUGCAUAGCCAGGACCCUCCAGCACGUAAGCCCAGGACUGUCCCCUCCCAACAGACAAUAAUCGUCAACAGUGAUGAAGAGGCCUUAGCCACACUACAGUCCCUGCAGGCAGGACAGACAGUGAUCAGUCCAGAGAGACUCCAGCAGGCGCUGGGUAGAGAGCAUAUUAUCGUGGCUCAGGAGCAGGCUCUCUCUGACCAGGAGGAGGCCACAUAUAUCCAGCAGAUCACCACCGUGGACGGCCAAACAGUUCAACACUUGAUGACGGCUGAUAAUCAGGUGACUGAGGUGCAGUACAUAAUCUCUCAGGAUGGCGUUCAGCACUUAAUUCCUCAAGAGUAUGUGGUGGUAUCCGACGGCAACCAUAUUCAGAUGCAGGAUGGUCAGAUUGCCCACAUCCAGUACGAGCAUGAGGGAGCUUUCCUACAGGAGCAACAGAUUGCUCUGACCCAUGAUGGACAGAUCCAGUACGUUCCUAUCAGUACCGAGCAGCAGAUAGUCAGCCCCGAAGACCUGGAGGCCGCCGCCCAUUCAGCCAUGACUGCUGUUGCAGAUGCUGCCAUGGCCCAGGCUCAGACAGUCUACACCACACAGGCCACGCCCGAACAGCUGGAACAGAUGCAGCAACAGGGCAUUCAGUAUGAUGUCAUCACCUUGACUGAGGAGUAGCAGAGAGAAACAUAAUGUGCUCUGACACCGACACACCCGCUUUGUGACUGCUUCUACCUGAGACAGAACCUGUGCAAGAGCCUCCUCAGCUGUUUUUGAAGUGCUGCAUGGUUGUGGGACUGGUCGAAUCAGUGAAGACACGGAGGAAUGGCUGCUCUCAUAUACCUUGUAUGACACUGUAAUAUAGGUUGAGCUUUUGUAAAUUCCAAAAUAAAUAUCUCCCUCACUCAUGGUCU